AAAUUAAUGUUGUUGGGUUUUGUUUGGCAGGGAUGGCGGGAAUACCAGACCAUGUUCCCGUUGAUUCUGAAACCAAAGCCCCCUCUUCUUCUUCUUCAACUCCUCCCUUAAAUGGGCCUCCCCAAAUAUCUGGAGGAGUAACUGGAAGACGUGGCGCACCAAAAGUGACCAGUAAAGAUGCUGUAGCAUAUCUCAAAGCAGUGAAGGAAGCUUUUUCUGACCAAAGAGUCAUAUAUGAAAGGUUUCUUGAGAUCAUGAAAGAUUUCAAAACUCAUAGACUUUGCAGAGUAGAUGUCAUUGCAAAAGUAAAAGAACUAUUUGAAGGGCAUAACAACUUAAUUAUGGGUUUCAAUACUUUCUUGCCAGAGGGUAUUGAGAUAACCCUUGAUGAAGAUGCGCCUCCAAAGAAGCCAGCUGAGUUUGAAGAAGCUAUCAAUUUUGUAAACAAGAUAAAGGAACGUUUCCAAGAUGACGACAACCAUGUUUAUAAGGCAUUCCUAGACAUACUGAACAAGUAUCGGAAGGAGGACAAACCUAUUUCUGAAGUUUACCUUGAAGUUGCUGUUUUGUUUGAUGACCAGCCAGAUCUGCUUGAUGAGUUCACUAAGUUUCUACCAGAUUCAAAUCCUGUUUAAUGUGGACAAAAGCAAUGUGAAUGCGGGAUAGGAAUACAGCAGGGUCGAGAUCUUAGUCUUGAUCAUCCUAAUCGCAUAAUGGAGGAGUAGAAUGAGAAAUUGGGGCAAUGGUGAAAGUAGAAUAGGGAUAGGAUAAAUUGGCAUUGUAAUCAUAGAGAGUAGAGAAAUAUUUCAGUAGGAACUACAGAUUUGCUUGGUGGAUUAUCAUUUCUUACCUCACCCCUUCAUGUGUGCACAUCUCUUUAUGUAUCGGAAUAUACAGUGUUUGUUGAUGAAAAUCACAGUCAAGGUUUGGUUUGAUAUGCCUGCUAUUACCAUCUGUUACAAUGCCUGUUCUUCAUCAUAAAGAUCUUCCAUGUUUUCAGUCGAAAUCUUUGGCUUUUAAGCCACCAUUUCAUUUCUCACUUCUUUUCUGGUGCGACCCUUCCCCUCUGUUCUGAAUCUUUAAUUUGGUU